AUGGCGCCGCGUCGCGUGCCGCGCUACGUCCGCGGGGCGGCGGCGAAGGUCCCGGCCUGGACCUUCGGCGAGGACUGGGCGCGCCACCACUUCCCCGGCAAGUGGAGGCAGCACAUGGUCUCGGGCACGUUCGUCCGCAUGCUCGAGCCCGAGUGGGGGCUCUUCGUCUGGGACGACCCGGAGGACGCGCCGAGCGAGCUGCGGACGCUGCUCAAGCACGUCGUGUGGCAGGACGACGACGCCGAGGAGGACGCGUGCUACUUCGACUUCAAGGACGUCCACGUGCUCCACAACGCGCGCCAGGCGCAGUACCAGGGCAUCGAGAAGAUCAUCGAGGGGCUCGCGCGCGGGCUCGACCAACUCCCGAGGGACCUCGUCCGCAAGGUGGACCUGAACGUCACGGCCGUCGAGGAGUUCGACAUGAUCUUCGCGUCGGCGCAGGCCUCGCGCUCCGAGACCAAGGUCAGGAACCCGGGGGCGGUCAAGACCUACGCCGGCGAGCUCGACGUCGACCGGCGGACGGUGUCGUUCAACUUCGAGACGCUGAAGCAGUGGGCGGCCUUCGUCGGCGUCGAGGGCGCCGUGAUCGCGAACCACACGUACAAGCCCGACCUCGCGGCCGGCAUGAUUCCCGCGGCCAUGCUGAAGCAGGGCUUCACCGACGCGACGGAGGGCUGGACCGCGCUCAUCGACGAGGGGCUCACGCCGUUGGCGGCCAGCCGCGCGGUCUCGAACGCGUCGACCGUGCUCGAGUCCCAGACGGCGCGCGCGCUCGCCGAGAACAUGUGGGACGUGACCGUGUACCUCUUGGACACGCUCAUGCUCGGCGACACGAAGUUCUACUACGCGAUGGUGCCCGACGGGUACGCGACCUUCCCCGCCGCGGACGUGAAGACGCUCUUCGGCAUCAAGCUCGCCGGGCACUACGGCUACUUGCCCGCCAACCUCGUGCACUGGGGGAAGGGGUGCAAGGUCGUGACGGCGUUCAUGACCUACACGACGGUCCGCGCGACCGGCGUGCCCCUCCGCGGAGUGCCCCGUGAUGGGUGUGCGAUCAAGUUCCGCCCGACGCUCCUCGCCCGAGCCUCGGGACUAGUGCUUAACUAG